AUGUCGCAAGGCGUGGGCCAAGGCCAAUGUCUUCCUCCGCUGUUGCCACAUUCUGAUGAACCGUGGCCUUCUGAGGGAGUCCUGGCAUACCGCUUGAACGCCACCAAGGGAAAGGAGCGAUGUGACAUGUCUGAUGUGUUGUACAAGACGUAUAAGGGACAGGAAUACAAGGACCAAACUCUGAAGAUCUUUGAGGCGCACCGGAGAGAAUUCUUAGCGGAUGACGACCUGCAGAAGAUCGCAGAGAGCGGAAUCUCCGUGAUUCGAUUGCCGCUUACCUGGGCAGCUUUUGCCGAUGCUUUGGCGCCAUUGAGCCCUGUCUAUGCGUCCUUCGAUCCUGAUGAGGAGACGGCAUUGGUACCUGAUCCUUUCUAUGUGGACAAGAUAGCGCUGGCCACCAUUCCUAGAAAGAUCUUGGUGGAUUUUUUGCACAAAGCCUCAAAGCAUGGGCUGACGGUGAUUUUCGAUUUGCACGCCUUUCCAGGCGGUGCCCAGGACGGAACGUACAACACGGUGUGGCCAAAUCGGCCGGUCUUCUGGAGCGAGAAGACUCAAAUCUCCAAGGAUCCUGCAGAUCCUGUUCCGCUAUCAACAGUAGGCCGCUGGGUGGUGCAGGCGUUGAUCAAAUGGGUGGAAGCCUUGGAUCCAGAAACACAAAAAGCGGUCCACGGCUUAACCCUGAUGAAUGAGCCCGCGCACACCAAUGCUUGGAGACAUUUCGCUGAGGAGCAGAAUGUUCUCACUUGGCUUUCAGAAACUUCAGGAGACUUUAGGACUUCAAGCCUGCCUGCUGCAAAUGUGAAGCUCUACGUGAAUCUCAUUGAAACGGCUUUUUCUGCGUUUGAGCACUCUGCAGUGCCUUGGUUUCUUCAGACCUUCACGAAGGAAGAACAGAAAACAUGGGCUGUUGCAGAUGUGCAUUGGUAUGUGGCAUGGAGCAGCGGCGAUUGCGAUGGCCGCUCUGUGGAGGGUGGAGGUUUCCACUGCGCUGCGCCAAUGCCGCAGGUCAAGGAGAAGUUGCACCUCUGUGCGAGCAGCGCUUCUCAGCGUCUUCGGCACCUCUUCGGCGAUGCGCAGGUCUCGGUGACGGAGUUCUCAGCGGGGACUUUUCACAAAGCCAGGUAUGCAUGCCAUGACUCGCAGCUCCUACGAGCCUUCAUUGAGGAGCAAGUGACAUCGUUUCGGUCUGACCGCAUCCAACCAUUUUUUUGGACGUGGAAGAUGCCAUUUGGUCCGAACUUUGAGGCCGGUUGGAGUCUCAAGUAUCUGCUCGGCUUGGAAGAUUCAAAACUUGGCCAGCAAUGUGAUCCAAAAUCGAGCAAUGAGAACGUGCAUUUUUGA